AUGUCUACCGUUACUAAGGUCCACGCAAGAUACGUCUACGACUCCAGAGGAAACCCAACCGUUGAGGUUGAUCUUACCACCGCUAAGGGUGUCUUCAGAGCUAUCGUCCCAUCCGGUGCUUCCACUGGUGUCCACGAGGCUCUUGAGCUCAGAGAUGGUGACAAGUCAAAGUGGCUUGGAAAGGGUGUCUUGAAGGCUGUCAGCAAUGUUAACAACAUCAUUGCCCCAGCUGUCGUCAAGGCUAAGAUUCCAGUUACUGAGCAGGCUAAAUUCGAUGAGUUCUUGAACUCUUUGGACGGUACUCCAAACAAGGGUAAGCUUGGUGCUAACGCCAUUCUUGGUGUUUCUCUUGCUGUUGCCAAGGCUGCUGCUGCUUUGAAGGGUGUUCCAUUGUACGCCUACUUCUCCGAUCUUAUUGGAUCCAAGAAGCCAUACGUUCUCCCAGUUCCAUUCAUGAACGUCUUGAACGGUGGUACUCAUGCCGGUGGUAGCUUGGCUUUCCAGGAGUUCAUGAUUGCUCCAGUUGGUGCCAAGUCUUUCCAUGAGGCUAUGGAAAUCGGUGCUGAGGUUUACCAGCACUUGAAGAAGUUGGCCAAGAAGGAGUACGGUCAAUCCGCUGCUAACGUCGGUGACGAAGGUGGUGUUGCUCCAGAUAUUCAGACUCCAGAGGAGGCUCUUGACUUGAUUGUUGAGGCUAUCAAGGCUGCUGGCCACUGGGGUAAGGUCGGUAUUGCUAUGGACUCUGCUUCAUCUGAGUUCUUCAAGAACGGCAAGUACGACUUGGACUUCAAGAAUCCAAAGUCUGACGGUUCUAGAGCUUUGACUGGUGCCCAACUUGGUGACCUUUACGCUAAGUUGAUGGCCAAGUAUCCACUUGUCUCCUUGGAGGACCCAUACGCUGAGGAUGACUGGGAAACAUGGACCACUAACUUCCCUAAGACCAAGAUCCAGAUUGUUGGUGAUGAUUUGACUGUUACCAACCCUAAGAGAAUCGCCAUUGCCAUCGAGAAGAAGGCAUGUGACGCUCUUCUUUUGAAGGUUAACCAGAUUGGUUCUUUGACUGAGUCCAUCCAGGCUGCUAAGGAUGCUUACGCUGCCGGCUGGGGUGUUAUGGUUUCCCACAGAUCUGGUGAGACUGAGGACACUACCAUUGCUGACCUUACUGUCGGUUUGAGAACUGGUCAGUUGAAGUGCGGUGCUCCAGCUAGAUCUGAGAGAUUGGCUAAGUACAACCAGUUGAUGAGAAUUGAGGAGGAGCUUGGUGACAAGGCUGUCUUCGCUGGAAGAGACUUCCAUAUCGGAAACAAGCUAUGA